AUAUGGCAUUAGUAAAAAACAAUGCAAAGAUAGGAAGUUUAAUUGCUGUUGAGUUAUGCAGAAUACGAAAACUCAAGGAAAAGAAAGCUGUGGAAUCACAAGGCAAAGUGCCAGGCUUUCCAGAUUCAACUACAGACUGGAACCGGCAAAAGAGACCAGUUGUGAUCGGUGGGUCCAAUGUCGAUUUUAUCGCAACAGCGGAAAAUAUUGUGCCUGAAGCGUCCAACCCUGGAAAAGUAAGGAUGAGUUUUGGUGGAGUUGGAAGAAAUAUGGCAGAAUGCCUGGCUCGUCUUGGCUUGAGGCCGCUGUUCGUGUCAUCCAUAGGGAGUGAUCCUCUGGGAGCCAUGUUGCUUAAACACUGUGAAGAAACAAGAAUGGUUACACGUGGCAUAUACACCUCUAAGGUUAAUCACACUGGUACCUACUCGGCGAUAAUGAGCCAAAAUGGCGAAUUUCACGCAGCCGUUGGUGACAUGGACAUCCAUAAAGUUAUCAGUCCUGAUCAUAUUUUAGCCUUUGAGGAACCCAUUAAACACGCACCUUUGGUAAUGCUGGAUGGUAACAUCACUGAAGAAGCUAUUGAUCAAGUGUGUUACUUCUGCGCAGCUAACCGCAUACCAGUCUGGUUUGAACCAACGUGCGUCCUGAAAGCCGAUAAACCCUUUCGCAGUGACGCAUGGCACAACAUAACAUACGUGUCGCCUAAUCUAAAAGAGCUUCAAACCAUGAGCUCAGCCACGAUAAAUGACGAACUACGGAGAUCAAACCUUCCACACUACACUACGGAGGAUGAUAACGACAAAGAUCGACCACUAGACGAUAUUAUAGCCGAGUGCUUGCACCUUUGCAAGCCACUUUUAAAGAAUAUCCAUUGCAUCAUUGUGACUCUUGGCAAACAUGGCGCCUUGAUCUGUAGAGAUACUUCCGCUGACACUCCAUUUCCGACGGCUCAACAGUUGGGUCGUGUAUCUGCAGCGCGGCAACACAGUUUGGUGUCAGCGCGACAUUUUCCCGCUAUAGGCUUGGGAAGUCACGAACCAGGGGGAAACGUCACCGGUGCAGGUGACAGCUUUGCAGCAGCAAUGGCUUCAUUCAUUAUUCAAGGACAUUCGCCGGUAAUUUGUGUAAAGGCUGGUAUACUAGCAGCCCAAUAUUCUCUUCAAUCGCAAGAUGCCAUUUCUCCGGCAGUUUUCCCAGAGAAUUUUACUCUUGAAAAUGUUGAAUCUUGUAUACCAUGGGACGCGAAUGAUAUAGAUACGGACAUUUCUUAGCAUUCACUUCAUUGGUGAACAUUGUGAGGUUAACAUAUUACUGGGACACAUCAUAUACGUUUUCUUCUGUGCGUGUGUGCAUGCGCGAAAUUGAUCGAGAUGUCUCGUAAUGUUGGUUUGACUGGUUGGUGCAACGGCGGUAGUCCUUUUCUAAAUGGCGACUUACUUGCCUUGAAAGCUUGGAUUAUUUUAACAUCCAUUUUUUUUUUUAUCGAACUCUAUGAGGAAAAGGAUAUCGAUUAUCCUUGCACACGAAACCUACAACUUGCCAUUCUCGUUAGAAUAGCUGUUGUCAGUAGAUCGUUACUUGACUUUUGUACUUUGCGUGAUUUGUGUGACUUUCGAGAAUUGCGCGACUCUAUUACAGAAUGACACACGGUGUGCUGUUACAUUUUAACAUAGAAAUCGGUGGUCUUCCCCUGCACUGUUGUUACUUAACGUACCAGUAAAAAUUUCUUAACGACGACGUGAACUAACGGAAUUUUUCAGCGAAAUGGGAAUACAUUUGAAUUUGAAUGUAAGAAAAAUAAUGCAAUGAACCAUUUUAGAGGAAGUUAGAAUU